UCUAGAGAGAGAGAGAGGAGAGAGAAAAUCCUAAUGAGGGCAAGCCGCUCUGCUUAUCAUCAUCAUCACUCAACAAAAAUCAAGAAAAGGUGAAAUUAAUCAAUCGACCAAAACCAACAAAUGGGUUCUUCCGUUACGCCGCUCCAUUACUCCGUCUUCUCCAAACCCUCGUCGCCGUGUGUUCUUCAGCCGCCAUUUUUGUUUUCUUCCCCGAGAAAUAAUAAUAAUAAUAAUGGGCUCACCCGGAGAAAGAACAGAGGUUCCGCCAUUUCUUGUUUGAAGCAAGAACAAAACCCACAGGGCGACGAAUUCUGCGACAGAAGGCAGGUGAUGAUUUACAUGGGUACUUUCGUCGCUAUUCCGCUUCUCAAUAUGAGGAGGGCCGACGCCGUUGCAGAAAAUACCGAAUUAAGUACACCGAAUCCGAAACAAGAAGCAGAGGGGAAGUCGUCUCAAAAUCCGUUUCUUUCACUUCUGAAUUCAAUCGGGUUUUUGGGAUCGGGCGUUCUUGCUGCUCUUUACGCAACGAUCAAGAAUGAAAAGGCCACUUCAGAUGCCACUAUAGAAUCUAUUAAUCUUAAACUGAAGGAAAAAGAAGCUGCCAUCACUUUCCUCGAGAAAAAAUUCGAGACGGAUUUAUCAAACGAGAAAGAAGCCCGAAACAAGGCACUUGCUAAAGCAAACGAGGAGAAGCAAUCUUUAUCUAAUCAAUUGGGGCUCGCAAACGGUACAGUAAAAAGCCUCGGACAGGAGUUGCAGAAAGAGAAGAGAUUAAUCGAAGAAAAAACGGCCCGAAUCGAGAUUCUUGAAAACAGCCUCAACAAAGCUUCGAACGAGAAAAGGGAACUCCAAGAACAGUUGAAGGAGAAGCUCGAUUCUAUAGAAGUCUUGCGAGAAAGGAUAAAUCUGCUCUCGUUAGAGAUCAAGGACAAAGAAGACAGUCUUCGGAACGUAAAUUCUAAAUUCGUCGAAAAAGAAAGCGAGUUGACUCAGUUAAGCUCCGUUUAUCAGCAAGCACGGGAUGAAAUAAGCCGUUUGAAUUUGGAGAUUGAACAACUGAAAGAUGUAAUCUUUAAAAAGGAAAAGGAGAUGGAAUUGAAUAAUACGGAAUUAAAUAAACUGAACGCAGAUUUAGCUUCUUCGCGAGCCGAGAUUGAUCAAUAUCGGAAAAAGAUUGAAUCUUUAGUAGAGGAAUACGAUGGGUAUAAGGUGUCGGCGGAAAAGAAGGCGGAUUUAGAUGCCGAGAUUUUACGAGAGAGAGAAAAUGCAAUUCAAGAGAUUGAGGAACGACUUAGAGUUGCUUUGGAUGAUGUGAAUAAAAAUGAAGUCUUGAUUUCUGAUUUGAAUGUCGAAAAGGAGGAUUUAUUGGAGAUUGUGAAGAUUGAGUCGAAAAAUGCGAAGAAUCUUGAAAAAGAACUCGAGGUUGCACGUGAAUCUUUGAACGAAUCGAGACAAGAAGUUGCUGACCUGGCAAAACAAUUGCAAGAUUCGAGAAAAUUGUGCUCGGAUCUCGAAGAAAAUAUUUCGAAUAUUCGGGGCGAGUUAAGCACAACUAAAGAUUCACUAGAAAGGGAUAUUGACGAAACGAAAAAAGUUGUGGAGCUCUUAGCUGGCGAAUUAAAGUCCACGAAGGAACUCCUAAUUGAAUCGACCGAAGCGGCAAAAGUCAAAUCCCAAGAAUUGGCUGCAUUAGUGGCGAAAUGUGAUGGCUUAGAGAAAGAACUUGUGUGGGCUCGUGAGAAAGAAGAUCGUACGGUUCUUGAACUGAACGAAGAAAGGGAAAUCGUGUCUUCUUUGAAGAAAGACUUACGGGUUUUGGAGACUCGAAUUUUUGAAGCAAGUGAGGCACGAAAAAGACUCGAAGAAGAUUUAGAAGCUUCCACUAAAUCACACGACGAGAUUAAUCGAAAUAUAUUAAAUCUUUCGAAGGAUUUGGAGGUUGCCAAUUCUCGGGUUUUCAGCCUCGAGGAUGAGAGAGAUGCGAUUUUGAGGUCACUCGAGGAGCAAAAAGAGGUGUCGAAAGAAGUUAGGGAAAAUUUGGAAGAUGCGCAUAGUUUAGUUAUGAGGCUCGGAAAUGAAAGGGAGAAUUUGGAGAACCGAGGGAAAAAACUCGAGGAGGAAUUGGCUUCUGCGAAGGGUGAAAUACUUAGGCUGAGGAGUGAAAUGAACUCGUUGAAAAGUGAGGGGAGCGAAAGGAACUCGCAGAAAAGUGAGGGGAGUGAAGAGCAAAUGCAGAAAAUUGAAGGGGGAAAUGGCAAAUCGGAUGCUCCUAAAAAGAGGGUCACAAGAAGGAGAAAAGUUACUCCGGUGCAAGAAGAUUCGUAGUGAUCGAAAAAAAAAACGUAAAAAAAAAUAAUCUCGAUUUUCAUUAUUUGUGAAUUGUUUGGAAUUCAACUGGGAAAAAAUUUCAUGGUAACAAAUGCAUUCUUGUAAUAUUGAAUAAUUAGCUAUAUGAGGAAAGUUUGAGGGGUUUAUUUGUAUUGUCAA